AGUUACGUACCUUGGAACCUUCAUGAACCAGCACCUGGCCUUUUCCGUAACGAGGGCAUCCUUGACCUUAGACGCUUUAUUAAGACGGCAGCAGACCUUGACCUCUUCGUGAUUUUCCGUCCUGGUCCUUACAUCUGUUCAGAGUGGGACUUUGGAGGACUUCCGUCCUGGUUACUAGCAGACCCCGAAAUGAAAGUCAGGUCCAACUAUCUUGGAUAUCAGGAAGCAGUGAAGAGGUGGAUGAACGAAUUGAGUCAUUUAAACAAAAAAAAAACAAAUCUAUUAGAUUUAACAUGAAAUACGUAUUUUUUAUAACUUGAUACUUUAUAGUAGAUUCGCGGAUUAAAGGACACGUCUGUUUAUUGUUUAAUAAUCAUCAAAACUUUUCAAGAAAUUACAUGAUUUAUUUUAUCAAAGAUUUAGUAAUGAUUGGGUAACAGUGGGAUGAAUUGAUUAACUAAUGAUUGGAUUAAAUUGGGAUAGAUGGAUCAAAUAAUAAUUGGAUUACAGUGGGGCUCAUUGAUUAAGUAAUGAUUGGAUUACAGUGGGAUUCAUCGAUUAACUAAUGAUAGGGUUACAGUGGGAUUAAUGGAGUGAUCGGAUCUUAAUCUUAAUAGAACGCCACUAUGUGUCUAAGGGUUGUUUCACUUUGAAGUACACCCCAAACCUGACACCCCGGAUAUAAUCAAGGAGCCAGUUUGUUGGGAAAAUGUGUCAAUUUACCCCCACCCCAACCCCCACCCCCACCAUCCCAACACGAAAUUAAUAUAAAUGUAUCUCUAAACAGCGAAAUAUCAAUAACAAGGACAAGAGCAAAACAACUUUGUUCCCAUGCGUUCCUGUAGGACUCGUGCCCUGGAUAGACUCCUAAGUUAUAACCCCCCUCACAAAGGGGAGAGUUCUUCCAGUGUUAUGAAAUAAAAAAAAAGAAAAAUUACACAUUUAUUUGAUUAUUCUUGUUUGUGCUAUAUUUAAAUGGCAUAGGGAAACCCUAACCCCUAACCCUUAACCCAUUCAAAGAACAACAAAAACAACAACCAGAGACCUUGUUUGACCUUGAAGAAACAGCUUUCAGGAUGCACUCCUCACCUGACGGUGGGGGCGCGGGGCGGGAGGCGACUUACCCCGUAAUAUGACCUGGAAUUUUGUCUGCUUUUAGUGGGGGAAUUCUUCUCCGUGGCUUCAUGGGUGAAUAGGUGGUUGCUUGUUACCGUGCGUCUGUUGGGGCCGAUUGGCAGAUAUAUAAUAACAUCUUAAAUAUAAAUCUCCCAUGUUAUAGUUGUAUAUUUGUGCUCUUGACCCGCUGCAUUCCAGGUACUUUGAUUGGCUGAUACCACAAGUCGCAGACCUCCAGUACACCCACGGCGGGCCCGUUGUUGCCGUCCAGGUUGAAAAUGAGUUUGGCUCCUUCAGUGACGACCCGGGACACUUGGAGUUUCUUCGUGAACUGCUACUAAACAAAGGAAUCAAAGAGCUGCUGGUCACUUCAGAUAACGAGUCGGCCAUCAGGACUGCCCCAGUCCUGGAUGGGGUCUUGCCCACGGCCAAUGGUCAGACGGUCGAAGAGAUAAAAGCAGGAUUUCAGAUCAUUCGAUCCAUUAAUGACCAGUAUCCCCUCAUGGUCAUGGAGUUUUGGACGGGGUGGUUUGACCACUGGGGCUACCCACAUGAGACACGAUCUGUGGACAUUCUUGAAAAAACUCUGAACUACGCAUUGGAAGAGAGCUCAAAUGUUAACUUCUACAUGUUUCACGGGGGAACGAACUUUGGAUUCAUGGCAGGGGCCUUAAAUUUAUCCAGUUUCAAGGCUGACGUCACAAGCUAUGAUUAUGACGCCCCUUUGGCAGAAGACGGUGGUGUCACUGAGAAAUUUCUCAAAAUUCAGAAGAUGAUUGGUGAAGUGACCAAGACAAAGAACUCAGGAACUCUUGAAGUUCCAACAGUAAUGGCGGAUACAAACAGAGCUGCGGUCCCACUGAAGGUUCCCUUAGAUAAAGUUUUACCGUGGUCUGAAAUUAUCAAGACUAUCAGAAAGAAAUCUAAGUCCAAGGAUCCUCAGUUUAUGGAGAGCUACGCAUUUGAAAAUGGAUGGGUACAGUCCUUUGGCUACAUCGUCUACAGAAAGGAGAUAGAACAAUUAGGCAAAGGUCGUUUGGAUGUUACUGGCAGGAUCAAAGACAGAGCAAGUAUCUUGAUGAAUGGUAAAACCCGAGGAGUCCUGACCUGGGAAUCGGAAUCUGCCGUUUUAGAUUUAUUACAAGACGAAGGCGGGAUUCUUGAUAUCGUUGUUGAGAACCUUGGGCGUGUCAACUACACAACUAAAGACAAACAGGACGUGUUGAACACACAGAGAAAAGGCUUUGAUGGAGAGGUCAGACUUGACGAUGGCGUGCUGCAGGACUGGGAAAUCUUUGCCCUGGACUUCCCCGAGGGGUUUGUUGAUGACGCGUUGCAGUCACCAGGCUGGCAGGAUGCGACUGGAUCCGAAAGGCCCGCUGGUCCGGCGUUGUUCAGAGGUUCUGUUCAGUUGUCAGGGAAACCCGGGGACUACUUCGUGCGCCUGGACCGCUGGUUUAAAGGAGUGGUCAUCGUCAAUGGGUUCAACUUGGGGCGCUACUGGGAUCAAGGUCCGCAGCGAACGCUCUAUCUUCCAGGUCCCUUGUUGAGAGAAGGCGCCAACAGUAUACUAGUGUUUGAGGAGAACACGUCUUCAGGGGAGAUUACUCUCGACAUUAAACCCUGCUUAGGGUAG